AGCAGAGAAUUUUCCUCGUGAGUACAAUACCACGACCAGCCAGAACUGAUUUAACUGUCACUAUCAACGCCGGGCCACGCGUGCACACGUCCGUAAACACAUUCAACGUUCAAACGUUGUUCCGUCGCCACUGUUGCCUCCGUCUGCGUAUCCUGUUGCACUGAAUAUGAUCGGCAGUACAUUGAAGAUUUUCAUUAACUAAAACUGACUUUAAAUCUGGUACCAUCGAGAACCAAUAUGAGUUCUGAAGAUUCUGUGAACGGUAGUAUUUUCAAAUUUGGUCGCCAUGAAUUUUUCAAUGAAGAAACUGAAAUGGCGAUACCAAUUCUCAUAAUUCUUGGACUGGCGACGUUAAUGGGAACGUUUGGCAACAUUCUGAUUCUUGUAGCGGUGGCAACGAGGAAAUCCCUUCACAACGUGGAAUCCAUCUUCAUCGUCAACCUGGCCUCCUCCGACAUGUACGUCACAGCCUUAGCAGAUCCCAUGAGUGUCGUAGCCAAACUGGAGGGCUCUGAUUUCUUCGACCGUAUCCCAGGACUCUGUCGCGCUAUAGGCUCGUUGUGCACGAUGUCGUGCGUGGCGUCUCUCAUGACCAUCGCCGCCAUGAGCUGCAACAGAUACAUCUUCAUCGUCCACAGCAAAUACUACAGUACCAUCUUCAAGGCCCGCAACUGCGUCAUCUACUGCGUGAGCUUCUACUGCGUCGGACUCUGCCUCGUUCUGCUCAACCUCGCUGAUAUUGGCGACCACAACUUCGACCACAAGAGCCUUGAAUGCAUCUGGGCACGGAUGGCGACAUAUCCCCACACCGUGGUUUUCUCAAUCGUGUUGUUUUGGAUACCAAUCACUGUCACCGGAAUCUGCUAUCUGCGCAUGUACCUGCACGUGCGAGCCGUGAGAGCACGCGUCAAGCAGUCACGUGGUUACAGGUCAAAGACCAACAAGCCUCCUAGUUUCCGGCUGGCUCGAACACUGUUCAUCAUCUAUGUGGUGUUCAGCGUGUGCUGGAUUCCCUACGCACUGAUCAUUGUCCUGGACGCGAGUGACACUUUUCAUUUCGGGGCGCACGUGUACAUCGUGGUUUUUGCGCAUUUGCACCCGUCAAUCAACUGGCUUGUCUAUUACGCCACUCACCGGAAGUUUCAUAACGCCUUCCUUGAAAUCCUGCACCUCAACAAGUGUUUGAAGAGAAAACCGGAUGUGACGUCAUCAUCAGGGUCCCAAACGCCUUUUGACAGUUCGAAACAAACAAGUACCACUGAUGAGUGAUCCAUUCUUGACGAAUGAAGUAGUGAUCGAUGGUGUGAACAUUUUCCUUGCCGUCAGGGUACGAUGCCACACUAAAGAAACCACGCCUAUGGAUUGUCUUAUUGACAUUCAAUAUUAAGAUAGCUUUCUGCCGAGGAUCAUAGAAGCUCUCGUCAGGUGAACGAGUGGCGAACUUUGAACACCCAUGUAAAUGUAAUAUUUGGCAAAU